CCCCCCACCCAAGUUAAACUUUAGUGGGGAAUACAGCAACUUCUUCCACAGCAACAAGUACGCUGUGCUUUUCGGUGCUAAAUUGCGAUUCUUCUUGACAUCUUUUUCUAUAGAGGUAUUCUUUGGGCUUGCCUAGCGAGAAAGGAAACUUCUUUCCAGCCAUGUCGUAUAGAAGGGAACUGGAGAAGUACAGAGAUGUGGAUGAGGACGAGAUUCUAAAGCAACUCUCGGUGGAGGAGCUGAAGAGUCUAGAGGAUGAACUGGAGGAGCUGGACCCUGAUAAUGCCCUCCUGCCUGCAGGACUGAGACAGAAAGACCAGACCAAGAAGACUCCCACCGGCACCUUUAAACGGGACGACCUGCUGGCUCACUUAGAGAAGCAGGCUAUCGAGCACCCAGACCAGGAGGACACAGUACCCUACACUGGCGAGAAGAGAGGGAAAGCGUGGGUGCCCAAAAAGAAGCCAGCUGAUCCCAUAAUGGAGAACGUCACUCUAGAACCGGAACUGGAGGAGGCACUCGCCAAUGCCACUGAUGCAGAGCUGUGUGACAUUGCAGCCAUCCUUGGCAUGCACACACUGAUGAGUAACCAGCAGUAUUAUGAAGCACUUGCCAGCAGCACCAUAGUCAACAAAGAAGGCUUGAACAGUGUAAUUCAAUCUCCUCGGUACAAGGCGGUCCCUGAUGAAGAUCCAAACUCAACCAAUGUAGAAGAAACCCUUGAGAGGAUGAAAAACAAUGACCCGGACCUUCUGGAGGUCAACCUUAACAACAUUAAGAACAUUCCUGUGCCGACAUUAAAAGCCUACGCCGAAGCUCUGAAAAGCAACAGCUACGUUCAAAAGCUGAGCAUAGUAGGAACCAGGAGUAACGACCCUAUAGCAUUUGCUCUGGCUGAAAUGUUAAAAGUUAACAGCACUCUAAAAUGUCUCAACGUGGAGUCAAACUUCAUCACAGGAAAUGGAAUUAUUUCUUUAGUAGAAGCUCUCCAAUUCAACACAUCUCUUAUUGAAUUAAAAAUUGACAAUCAGAGUCAGCAGCUUGGUAACAAGGUGGAAAUGGAGAUUGCAAGCAUGCUGGAGAAAAACACCACCCUGCUGAAAUUCGGCUACCAUUUUACCCAGCAAGGGCCUCGGCUUCGGGGAUCCAACGCCAUGAUGAACAAUAACGACCUUGCUCGUAUGAAUCGAUCUGAUGGUCCCUGGCAUACCUUUUCAGCUGUGGAACUAGAAGUGGAUGUACUGUAUAAUGCGGAAGAGACGACUCGAAGGAAUAAAUGGUCCCAUCUUUCCAAAGUGCCGGGUGAACGUGUAAACGUUGUGGAGGUGGAGAGUUUGGCUUCAUAGACAAAAUAUUGCAUCCUAACUGACUGUGCUCUACUGUGGAAAUCCAAAGGAAGAGUUGCCUUCACAAAAUACUCCUUGUGUUUUGCAAUAUUAUGCACAGAUUUAAAUUUGUAGCAGAAGGUUCCUUUUGUAAAAGAUUGUGUAAUGCCUGAUUUUUCAGAUCACAAACAAGUCAAUCCAAAUCAAACCAGGUAUUCCUUUUUGGAAAACAUGCACCUGGAACCUUUCCCCCAGGCAGUAAUUGACAGGUAACUGUUUUUUGAUGAAGCCAUAGAGUUUCUGUUUAGAUUAUUGUGUGAAUUAAGAAGUUUGUGAUAUGCAUGAGCAAACAACUGACGUGAAAAUAUAAAACACUUUGAACAUGGUUCCCCUCACAAACUGUUGUUUGAAUGACAUAAACUAUAUACACUACUAGAUAGAAAAUACACUUGAUUUAUUAUGUUCAAUCACAAACCCUGUAAAACUGUGUACGCCAUUUUGCUUAACAAGUCACCCUGUCUAAUGAGGGCAUACUUCAGUAUAUGUACCCUGGUGCCAAAUCUAAAGUGAUAUGGCUAUGUAUAGAAAUGCGUUUUCAUGCAACUGUCAACAAUGUACUGUUGUGUAUUGAAUCACAUAUAUAUGUGAAGUAACACUGAGCUUUGACCCUAUGUUUUAAACGUUUUUAAGCAGGUCAAGUUUUUAAUUAACUGUCCAACAGCUGACUAUAAACAGCAAGUUCUGCAAAAGCAACGGCAAGUCAUUUUUUUAUAUUUAGAUUAUUUUAACCGAAACAGGUGUUUUAAAUAACCUUUUUUUUACAUAUUUAAGAGGGUACUUGAAUAAUGCCAUUCAAUAUCUAUUUUAUUUGUGCUGCUUGUCUGUCCCCUUUUUUAAUUUUUGUCAUGCUUCUUAACAAGCUGUAAUAGGGCUUGAAGAUAUCAAUUGUCACCUACUGUUACAAAUAGUAUGCCAACAAAGAAUUGCCUCUGGGGAAUUAACUAUUGGACAGUCAAAAUGGUGCAUAGAUGGCUGAAUUAUGGAAAACGUAGUAAACAGGUGCCAAAUAAUUACAUUUCACUAUUGAAGGGAAAAAACAACUCUAUUUGCUAAAGUAUGGAGUGAUACUAAUAGGUCAUAUUCAGAAGAGAUGCAAGUUUCGCCUAGGGCAGUUGCUAGGAUGGUUUGGGACACCCUUUCUCUGUCAAAUAAUUAGCUCUAAAGCAGGUCCUCCACCAGCAGAUCUGGCAGAUUUUUAAAUCGGAAAAUUAAAUUUAACUCAAAUUUCAAAUCAUAAUAUCUUCUUUAUUUUAUUUAUUUAUUUAAUAUCCCCUAUAUCCCGUGGAACAGUUGAAACAGCAUUACUUUAUCUGGGGAGAGGGUGAAAACCGAGUAAAGACAAAACUGCCUAGACAGGGCAUUACAACAGUGUAAAACACCUUGAAAACUACAUCAUACGAUUACUCGGUCUUAAGCAUUUUAUCAUUAUAUUACUUUAUACUUCUUUAUAAUAGUGUAGUAUAAUUAGACGUUUCUCAUUGAUUUAGCGCCCAGUCCGGACAGGUUUGUCUUGACUCAGGAUUAUUCUGAUUGAUAAAAAAAAAACGAAUUUCGCUUUUUUACAAAACAUUACUGUAUCCAUUGUGAACGAAGCACUAUCUGUGCCACAAGGGUGUUCUUUUAAGCGAAGUCCCUGUUCCUUUAGCUGGAGUAUUUACAAUGGGGGGGGGGAAAAAUCUGUUUCACC